ACGACCUUUUGAUGUUACGGGCAGCAGUGCGGAGCGUACGUUCACCGGGAGUGGUACACUCGACAAAAGCGGUACUACAUCGCACGACCAUCUGACAGCCUGAAAAAAUUACGUAAAUAUUACAACACACUCGAAUUGAUUAUGACCGCGUAACCGCACGUUGCGGCACUGGUUCCCAUCGCGGUACCUGACUGAACGCACACGAAUUUCUUGCAUAGUGCCGUCCGCGAUUGUUUGUGCGACUCUUGUUUGGCUCUGGUGAUUUUAUUUUAUACAAUUUCGUAACCGUGGUGUUUUGACUGUGUUUAUUGUUGUGUUUCCCUUUAAUUUUUCUUUCAAUUGGAUUGUCACAGGCGUUUUUUGAUGUGACGUCAUGUUGCUACCCUAACUAAUGUGCCUGGUCCGUGCCAAAAUGGCUUCGAUCGAAAAUGGAAAGUGUCUAUCGAAUUUUUAAUUAGAUAUUUUAUUGACUUUGAGAACGUAUCAAUGUUACGGUGAAAAUAAAUCCAAUACAAUGGGGAGGCGACGCUGGAGACUAGUGACAGUCGCUGCGUUCCUGAUUUUCAUUGUAAGAGACGCACAAUGUCAAGAUGAAAAUGACUUUUACUACACACCAGAAAGAAGCUUUGCUCAAGUUCAACCGCCUAUAUUUUCAAAUAAUCGACCUUCUACGUUUUAUGAACAUGAGAGUUUUAGAAUAACGCCAACGGCACAACAACAUAAUUUUAAUGAUGGGCACGUUCGAUUUCCAAGCCCAAACUAUAAUCAAAAUCCUUCCCCCUUUCAACUACCAACGGGAAGAAGUCAGUCUGGUUCUCAAUAUUACCUAAAUCAACCAGAAUUUCCACCGAGUCAACGACAGAGAUUUCGACCAGCUUUGCCCUAUAAUUUCCAAUUAGUACAUCCAGCCUCUACGAAAAAACCUGAAACUUCUCAGAUACAUUCUGUUGCAUAUCAGAAUGAUCCGUCAAAGCCAGAAACAUUCCUUGGGCAAAUCACAAUAAAUAACCCCGAUAUAGACUACCUACAAAAUAACAGAUUCAAGAAUAUAGCCUUUGAUGGAAACAGUUUAAAGAGUAAUGGCCAAAGUGGCCACAUAUCACAUGGUGAUGAUAUUGAUAAUGACGAUCAUGAUAUUUUCGAUCACCAUAAAGUAACAACAUAUAAUCCGACGAAGCUUGGUGGUAAGCAAAGAAUUAUAAAACCUAACACUUCCAGAUUUUCUCACUUUGAUAGGCCGGUGUCGACUGGAAAACCUAAUAUCGUUAACGAGCCUAUUAGAAAAGAUAAUACAGCAGGAUCGAGUCUAUAUCGUGGUCCUUCUACUGAAUUUAAAUCAUUGUUAGACAUUGAGCCAUUACUUGAAGAUGAUAUUAGCGAUAUAAGUUCGUUUAGGGAACUAAUGAAAAAUACACAUGAAUCUUUUGAUGUUGAAGUAAUAAAAUCAAAUAGUAGCAAAGAAACGGAUGAUAGCAAACCAGAUGCAACGUCGAUGAAUAUUGAUAAUAUUCCAAAAAUAUCUUCAUUAAUGACGGUAACGAUUCCAUCUAAUAAGUCAACAACAACUGAAAAUCCACCAAACAGUAGCUAUGAAAAUAAUAACGAUGAUCUUGAAGAAGGUGCAGAAGAAAAUAGUGAAGAAGAGUAUGAAUAUGAAUAUGUUGACGAAAACAUUGAAGCCAACCACACCACGCAAAAACCACCAGCAUCAUCUACGUCAGAUGAGCAUAUUACCGAUAUUUAUGAUGAAUACGACUCAACUGAAGACGACACCGUAGAAAAAUCUUCUGAAAUAAAAAUCAAUAACACAAAAUCUUACGAAGUUUUGGAGAUGAAUACAAACAGAUCAUUGGUAAAGGAUGACAAUUUUAAACAAUUUACUGAUACUGCUAAUAUAGAUCAAUCGGAUUCAGAAUCGACCAAUGAUACAACACUACCAAGACUGAAAUAUACUUCUUCAAAUGAAGACUUUUCUUCAAUUGAGCCGCCUUCUAUUUUGGGACAAGAAGUCGUUUCGGUCGUUACCACAAAAAGUGUUGUUAAUGGAACCAUUUCAAUACCUGAUGUUACUUAUCCACCCACGCCAAAGACUAAGUUGGCUUCGACGCCAAUGAUAUUCAAUGACAAUAAUAACGACACAGUUGUUACGACAGAGAGUUGGAUUGUGGUUGCAUCAGUUCAAACAAGCCGUAGUGUUUCAGGGGCCAGAUUUUUACCGUUCCCUACUGUAGAACAAGAAGAAAAGAAACAAGUUAUUGCAGAUGAUGAAGAAAUCGAGGAUAACGAUGAUAUUGUUACAGAAAAUCCUAAACAGGAUAUAUCACAUUCAUCCUCAUCAACGGAGAAUAUUAAUGACAAAUUGGAUAGCAUACAGUCUGAACUAUCUAGCGCUGUUCUUUCAGGUAACCUUGACAAUGAAAACAAGAACAUAGAAUUAAUACAAGAAACCACAUCAGAACAAUCAACAUCGACAUCUACAACUACUUCAACGUCCCCUUCACCCGUAAAUGUAUUUACAUUAAAGAGUACACAGUUUACUACUGUAACAGAAAAAUCUUCACCAGAACCAUUACCAGUUUUAAUUAAAAAAUUUACGCCACGUGUAACUACAUCAACAACGCCCAAACCUAAAAAGAAACCAUCGUUUGUUACUGUCAUGGACGACCUAUCCGGUUUAUUACCGCCUGGUUUCAAAUCCAGGCAAUCGUAUAAAGAUAAACGAAUAACCACAACAUCAACUACUACAACAUCAACUACGACUACAACAACCAGUGUACCCUUAAUUGAAGGUUUUAUCAUAAAUAGUACACAGGGACGUUCUUCUGGAAUAAGUUCCAAAAACAAAGUAAUCAUUUUAGAUGAUAAAUCUUUGCUGCCUAAGGAAUAUAGACCAAAAGAAAAAGUACAAGAUGAUUCAUUCAAAAAAGUAAUUAAGGAUGACAUUAGUAAAUUAUUACCUCCUGGUUACAAACCGCCAUCUGACGCAACUUCUAAAAAUAAAAGUUUAAGCAAAGAUGAUAUAAUUGGCAAUAUUGAAAAAGUAGACAUUUCUGCAUUUUUACCAAAAGGUUUCAAAUUAAAUGCCUCAAUAACUACGACAUCAACCACAGAAAAACCUAAACAAAAUAUAAAUAUUCCCAUUAAAGCGGUUCCCGUAGACAUAACAGCUCUAUUGCCACCAGGAUUUAAACUAAAUAGCAGUGAAUCAGAAGAAAAAGUUCCUUUAGAAAAGUUUAUUGUUGCUGAUAUUUCAAAUUUACUCCCUCCUGGAUUUAACCUAAAUUCAUCAGAGGAAUCUCCUUCUCCAUCGACGACAAAAGCACCGGGUAGUUUCAAAGUAGUUUUUCCUUCAAGACCUGGAAGUAAAAAUACAAGAAAAUCUACAACUCAAAAAACAAGUUUGGGCCCACCACCGGUUACCCCUAAAAUCCAGAAAGGCUGGCCAACUAGGGCUUCGACAGAAUUCACUGGAUGGCCCUCACCAUCUACAACACCAUUUUCAAUAGAACGUUUGCUGGAAUUGCAAAGAAACGCAACAUCUACAACACCUAUGGUAGAAAUAAGCACAGUUUCUACGACACGACGUAUUAUAUCGACAACAACGACUACAUCUGCGCCUCCUGCACCAACGACUCCUGGUGUAUGUCGUCAGGAAUGUGAUAUAGCGGCGACAAUUAAAAUUGUUGCAGGAGUGAAAUGGGUUCCCGAAUUAUUAGACCAACAUACCAAAGAGUGGCAAAAAUUAGCUAAAGAUGUUAAAGAUGAGCUUAAUUCUGUCUACUCGAAGUCCGAUUUGCUUAGCAAAUGGUAUAAGGGAAUACGAAUAGAUGGAUUCAGUGAAGGCUCCGUACUUGUCGACUAUUUUAUCGAGCUGAAUACUAUUGGAGAGAAAGUUGACACGGUGCAACUGAAAUCACUCUUCCAUAAAUCCCUUCAUGAAGCAAAAUCCGGAUCUGUCAUGGAAUCUGAAGAACCCGAGCCUAGUUUCGACCCAGAUGCAAUGCUAGGAGACCAACCUGACGAAGAAAGAUUGGGGAAGAGUAAUAAACAUAUGACUAAAAAUAUUGAUAAAUCGGCUGGAAAAUUAGAAAUUGGCAAAUUUGUGAUGGAUCCAGCAUAUACAGAAUUUAUUGUAUUGCCCAAGCGAGGAGAACCAACGGUAGCAGUACCUGACGAGGAAUCCUUGCUCCCACAGUGGGGUAUAGCUGUUAUAGUAAUAGCUUUAGCUUCGUUACUUUUCGUGGUAAUUUUUGGGGUCACAGUGCUUGUAAAUCGCCAAAAGAACACGAAAACUAAACAACCAAUACCUUUGAGCGAAGAUAUGCUAAGGGAGUUAGAUAAAAGCCAUAUGGGUGGCUACGAUGACAUGCAUCAAAUGAAGGAAAGGGAACUACCAUAUUUACCAUCGGGAAAGCGUAUGUCAACUGCCUUCAUAGAACAAUUAGCGUAUCCCAACCCUGGUGACUCUUGGCGCUCGGAGUGGACUCCGCAACUCCAGAAAUAUAUGCAGCAUUACACUGCAGAUUCUGGUCGUGGCUCUCAAAUUUAUGGAGCUACCGGAAACGGCUAUGGAUACAGCGGAUCUCAAAUAUACGGACAGACGGGCGGGGGAUCCCAGGUGUAUGGUUACACGGGAGAGUAUCCGAGGUCGCAUUACUCGAGACGUCGCUCCGAAUACGAUAGCAAUUUCUAGAAUUUUGAAAAGUUCAAUUAACCCAAAUUACACUCUUUUGACAAUAUCAUCUAAAACCUCAAGUAUAUAAUAGCAUAGAUUUCAUUCAUAUUAUGUAGAAAUCAUCUCGUAUCUGAGUUUGGUACAUAUAGAGAGCAAAUGGUUUUAUGAGCCAGUGUACCAAGCUCAGUAUCAGUAACUGGUUGUGAAGUAGAUAUGCUAUUUAUUUUAUUGCUGCAGAAACUAAUUUUUAUGUACUUCGCUUGUUUUUGAUAGAAUUUAAAGUUUUGAUUAGAUUUUACUGCGAAAUAUAUACGUCUAGUGCCACAUCAAUCAGUGUUUCUAUAAGAUUAUUGUAUUAAUGUAACUAUCAUAUUCAUGCAGUGCUUGUUUGAAUGGCCAAAGGUAUACCCUACUAAUUAUUAAUGAGAAGAAUAUAGUAUUGCAUGUAUUUUAUUGAAUCUAUGAGGCGAUUUUGAUCUGCCAAAUUGUAAACAUUUGCGACUGAUUGUGAGAUGUAAAUACAUAAAAUAAGAACUCACCAAUAAUUUAAGUCAUCUUAUUAGGAGAAACUAUAGAGUAUUUAUGUAGAUAACUCUGAAUACCUAUAUUUGCUCAGAACCCGUAGUAGUGACUGUGGACAGUGUGAGAGCGUGAAACGCAUUUUUGUGCCAAAUGUUCGAUAGCGUGUGUAAAUAUAGUGUUGAUAUUGGAACCUCAUGAUUACAUCGUUUGUGGGUGGCUUACUGCCAAUUACGCGCCACCACAACCGUAUUCAUUAAUGUUUUAAAAUAAUAAUUAUCAUUUCCAAUGCACUGGGUAUUUGAGCAAACUUUAAUGUUGAUUUAAUUGAAAAUUUCAUCAACUCUUCCUUUCCCCGAUGUACUUAAGUAUCGUUAAAUUAUGAACAUUUCGAAUACAACAUA